AUGCACCAAGAGCCGCUCACGGCAUAUUUCCCAAGCGCACGACCCUUAGACAUUUUGGAAGAGUACUGGGGCUACUCUCAAUUUCGCUUCUGCCAAGAACAGGUCAUCAACAACAUUCUUGAAGGGAACGACUGCCUUGUGGUCAUGCCGACGGGCGGAGGGAAAAGCAUCUGCUACCAGAUCCCGCCGCUGGUUCUGGAUCGCGUCUGUAUCGUUGUGUCACCGCUGAUCAGUCUGAUGGAGGAUCAAGUGGCCGCACUCAACGCCCGACGCCUUUCCGCUGCGUUUCUUGGCAGCGCACAGAACAGCAGGCAAGUCAAGGACGACGCCUGGACUGGUAAAUACCAAUUCCUGUAUCUCACGCCGGAGCUGGCGACCAGCUCUGGACCCGCCUUGGCGUCGCUACACAAGCGGCGAGGUAUUGCACUGGUAGCGAUCGACGAAGCUCAUUGCGUGAGUGAAUGGGGCCACGACUUUCGGCCUGACUACCGGCGUCUCGGUACGUUGCGGGACGCCCUCCCUGGAGUGCCUAUCGUCGCGCUCACAGCUACCGCCACCCCCCGUGUACGAGAGGACAUUGUACGGAACCUGGGCAUGCACCGGGGUGCGGGGCGCUUUGUGGAGUCCUUUGAGCGCACCAACUUGCACUUCGCUGUACGACAGAAGACCUCCGUGGCAGAGGCGGCUUCGGAGCUGAAGGAGGCAGCAGCGAGGAACAGAGGCCAGCGUGGCGGCGUUAAGAGAUGUAAGCCGCUAGCGCUGGCCGUAUUGCAGGUGCCCUCCACGCUCAUUUACGCAUUGACUACGAAGGAGGUUGACGAGAUCGCGACAUACCUUAACCAACCCACGGUUUUGAAUGGACGGGCGGGCAGGUACCACGCCAAGAUGACGCCCAAGGAGCGCAGAGAGGCUCACACGGCGUUCAUGCGAGACGACUUGGACGUGCUCGUCGCGUCGGUUGCGUACGGCAAGUGUUUCGCGUGA